GUAGUCGCAUAGUUCCGAAGUUGAGGCUCGUUAUGAUCGGUAUGAUCAUGAGACAUGAACCCUCCAACGCAAGUUGAUAACUGAGUGAGACUCGUGCCUGAAGAUCCUUUUGAACUGAAUGGCUCGCUGGACAGAUGCGAGGUCAAGAGCGUUAUGAUUGAAUGACUCAUAACCAGAAACCAUCCUUUUUGUUUCUAUUUUUAAGUUUUUAAUCAGUUAUAUGUUAGAAACUAACCGUUACUAAUAUACUUCACCGGACAUUUCCUGCCUGGACAUCAUCCGAAGCCCGCGCAUACAUCCCCAUGCUAAACCUAUCAUUUUCCUUCAUCUGCUUAGUUUCCCUCUGAACCAUCUGGCUGCAACCGAUUGCAACAUCUACUCGAUCGAGACAAGAAUGGCGCACUGAUGACAACAAUUACGGACGCUUGAGCCCAACGAGGCUAUGCGCCCUAACCCAACAAGUACAAGUGACCUGUCACUAACUGUCGUGUAGCACCAGCCAGCCGCCAUGUCGGACUCUGACGUCUCAGCCAGCGGCGAGGGAGAGGACGACGAAGUAUAUUGCAUAUGCCGCUCCUCCGACAGCAGUCGGUUCAUGAUCGCCUGCGACAAGUGUGAGGAGUGGUACCACGGCGACUGUAUCAACGUCACCGAACGAGAUGCCAGACACAUCAAACGCUUCUACUGCGACAUCUGUCGUCGAAAGAACCCCGAUCUGAAGAUCAAGUACAAAGAGAGUCACAAGAACCGGCGGCAUGGCGAGGAUAAGAAUAAGGAGAGAAGCGAAAGGUUAGAGAAGAGCGAUAAACACGAACGAUCUGAUAAGGCGGAGAGGAAGAGCGAGAAAGCGGAGAGGCACGAAAAGCAGGAAAAGAAAUUGAAAGAUGAGCAUGACCAUCGACGGGAAAAGGAAGCGAAGAAGGCGGCUCGAGCUGAGAAAGAGAAAGCUCGGGCAGAGAAGGAGCGAGCACGGGCUGAGAAGGAGAAGGAGCGCGCACGAGUUGAGAAGGCGGAGAAGGAGCGAGAAGCUGAGCGGGAGCGGGAGGCGGCGGCGGCGGCAGCUGCGGCCCAGCCUCGCCCACGUCCUCCGCGCGGCUGCGGCCUCUGUACCGGCUGCCUGAGGGAGUCAGACUGUGGUCACUGCUCGACCUGCCGCAACGCGCCGCACCGGCCCUGCAAGCGGCGCCUCUGUCAGGGUCCGCCGCAGCCGGCGCCACAACCGUCGCCCCUGCGCGAGUCCAACCGGACGUCACCGCCGCCUCGGGAGCCCACCCCACCGCCGCCACCGCCCCCUGCUCCGCCGCGACGCAAAUCUGUGGAGACCCGUCGCGCCCCGGCGGUCGGUCGCCGACGCAAGAGGGCCGAACUCUCAGACGACGAGACUGACCUACUCGAGAGCUCCUCUCGACAGUGCUACGGCCCUCAGUGUGUAAAACCGAGCCGGCCAGGCAGUCGCUACUGCUCCGACCAAUGUGGACUCAACCUUGCCCGGAACCGGAUCUUCCAGGUGCUUCCUCAGCGCAUCCAGGAAUGGAACAUGACUCGGUGCGUGGCCGAGGACCGCAACAUGCGUACCCUGGAGCGUAUCCGGCGCGAGCAGCUGGACGCUCAGACUCAGCUGGAGCGUCUGAAUCGCGCCCAUCACGAGCUGGAUCGACAGUGUGAGCGGGGCCGGCGCGGCACCAUCGACCCCACCGCGCUGGAGGAUGAUACAGAGGAGGAACCGCACAGUAUCCACUGUGUGACCUGUGGACACGAGGUGGCCACCAGAAACGCCAUCAGGCACAUGGAGAAGUGCUUCGGCAAGUACGAGAGCCAGACGUCGUUCGGGUCGCUUUAUCAGACCCGAGUUGAGGGGUUCAACAUGUUCUGUGACUUCUACAACCCGGCGCAGAGGACCUACUGCAAGAGGCUGCGUGUGCUCUGUCCUGAGCACAGCAAAAAUCCCAAGGUGGCAGACGAUGAGGUGUGCGGCUGCCCUCUGGUGGCGGACGUAUUCACAAACAUGGGCCAGUUCUGCCGAGCGCCCAAGAAGAAAUGUCUGAAACAUUUCAGUUGGGAGAAACUACGUCGGGCAGAGCUCGACAUGGAGAGGGUGCGCUGGGCCAUGAAGAUGGAUGAGUUGCUAGAGCAGGAGCGUCAGUGUCGCCAGAGUAUGGCUAACCGUGCCGGCGUGCUGGCUCUCAUGCUGCACUCCACCUACGACCACGAGGUCAUGGAGAAGGUCCAGAGCCAGCAGAAGAAGAUGGCCAACAAGGUCAAGGUCAAGGUCUCAUAGGGGUUGUCUGUGGGAUAAGAACUACCGCAGUCAUAUUAUCUUGAUGGCUGAAUUGGAUAAAAGCGAUGAUGAUUAAAGAAGGGACCGACGCAUUUGCGCUGGCACCCUUUAAAAGUACUUUUUCAAUAUGCCACAAAUGUAGCCAGUGAAGCAGCCCUUCAAGUUGUGUUGUCUGUUGUGUUAAUUACAUUCAUCGAAUGCUCCAUCAUAGUGCUCAUUCAGUGAAACAAUACAUGUCCAUAGCACUAA